GCGAACGGCGGGGCCCGGCCGGGCGCGCAGGAUGCUCCGAUCCCUCUGGAGUUUCCUCAAGCGGCACAAGAAGAAAUGUCUCUUCCUCGGCACCUUCCUCGGCGGAGUCUAUUUACUGGGAAAGUAUGGGCAGAAGAAAAUCAGAGAAAUCCAAGAAAGAGAAGCAGCUGAAUACAUCGCCCAAGCACGAAGGCAAUAUCAUUUUGAAAGUAAUCAAAGGACAUGCAAUAUGACAGUGCUCUCAAUGCUUCCAACGUUGAGGGAUGCCUUAAUGCAUCAGUUAAAUUCUGAGAGUCUCACAUCCCUACUUAAAAAUAGGCCAGCAAACAAGUUAGAAAUAUGGGAGGAUUUAAAGAUAAUAAGUUUCACAAGAAGCAUUGUAGCUGUAUAUAGUACCUGUAUGCUAGUAGUUCUUUUGCGAGUGCAAUUAAAUAUUAUUGGCGGUUACAUCUACCUAGAUAAUGCUGCAGUCUGCAAAAAUGGCACAAAACCUCUAGCUCCCCCUGAAGUCCAGCAGCAAUAUUUAUCAAGUAUUCAGCACCUUUUAGGAGAUGGACUGACUGAGUUAAUAACUGUUGUUAAACAAGCUGUGCAUAAAGUUUUUGGAAGUAUUUCUCUUAAGCAUACCUUGUCUCUUCUGGAGCUGGAGCAGAAACUUAAAGACAUCAGGAAAGUAGUGGAAUAUCAAGAUUCAGAUCAGAUUGCAUCUUACUCUCCCUUAUGUCAUUAUCUGAUGCCGGAUGAAGAAAACCCCUUGGCUAGCCAGGCCUGUGGACUCACAGAAAGAGACACUGCUACAAUUAAAUUACUUAAUGAAACUAGAGAUAUGCUAGAAAGUCCAGAUUUUGGUACAGUUUUAAGCACAUGUUUAAACAGAGGAUUCAGUCGAUUGCUGGACAAUAUGGCUGAGUUUUUUAGACCUACUGAACAGGACCUCUGUCAGAAUGGCUCUGUAAAUAGUCUUUCCAGCAUCAGUCUUCCUUUAGCCAAGAUAAUUCCAAUAAUAAAUGGACAGAUCCAUUCAGUAUGCAGUGAAACUCCCAGUCACUUUGUGCAGGACCUGUUGAUGAUGGAACAAGUGAAAGAUUUUGCUGCUAAUGUGUAUGAAGCUUUUAGUACCCCUCAGCAGCUAGAGAAAUGAACUCCACAUAAAUAGGAAUAGAUCACAUAUUUAUAACAUAUCUCUUGUGACUACUGAUGAGACUGGGUUAAUUUUAUAAUGGUGUAGGAAUGGUAGACUAGCAGAGGGAACACAUAUACUGAAAAAGUUGGGAGUGAGCCUGUAUUUGUUCUAUCUAAUAGAAUUCUGCUUAAAACACCCAUUUAAAAAUACUGAAAGAAUCUCCAUAUGUAGAGACUUUUCUAUUAAGAAGUGGCUAAACUCUUCCUUAAUUUAUUUAUGUUUAUUUCAUCCAAAAGGCAUCUCAUGACAGUGUUACAAUAGUUAUUUUUUUAAAAAUUGCCUGCAAUGCAGUGAGUUUUGGAAAAAAAAGAAUUUAACAAUAACUAUUUAAGAACAGCAGAAAGCACACUCUUCUUCCCUAGAGCUUUUUCUUUUUAUAAAGGAAAACUCCUCUUUCCUUGACUUUAUGAACAUUAUUCCAAAGAAUCUCUCAUUAUUCAAAAAGAUGCACAUUCCUCAUCAAGAUGCUGGGGGGUAGUAUCCUUAUUGCUUAAGCCUUAGAGAAUGUGGAUUUUUAGAAGUUCUCCUGUUUAUGCUGUUCAAACAGCAACUGCUGUAUACAAUAACUUGUAAAUAUUUUAUCUUAAUUUGUAUUAAUUGAGCCCAGUUGUCUGUACUGUAAUAAAUUAUUUUAAUGUAA